AUGAGCUACAUCUACAACCUGAGCCUCUGCCUGGGGGUGUUUCCCUCUCUGUGGAAGACCUCCUGUGUGGUACAGGUUCCCAAAAUGCCACACGCCAAGGAAACAGCCCACUUUAGACCAGUAACCCUGGCCUCCCAUCUGAUGAAGACCAUGAAGAGCCUCAUCCUUGCCCACCUGCGCAUCUCGGAGACUUCCAGAAGGCACUUUCAGAGAGUCUCUAUAAUAACCUCUUUGAUGGUGCUAACUAUUGUCUUGGUGAUUCUGUCUUAUUCUUCUGAAGAUGUCUCUGACUCAGACUCCACCAUUCUUCAAGUUGAUGUCAGAAACUAUCAAAUUCAAUUAAAGUCCUUAGGCAGAACUUUCCCACAUGUUGACCGUUUUCCAAAAUGUGUAAUAAACACAUCGGCUGAACAGGUCAAGGACUUCCACUCAUUUCCUCCAAUUUCUAAAGACAUUCUCUAUUACCACCACUGUCGGCAUUUUCCAAUGAUACUCGACAUCCCUAACAAAUGCGGUGGAGCUUAUGGAUCAUCUGAUAUUUUCCUUUUACUGGUCAUUAAAAGUCCUGCUGUCAACUAUGACAGGAGAGAGGUGUUGCGCAAGACCUGGGCCGAGGAGAGAUUGUCUAAUGGAGUGUGGAUCCGAAGAAUCUUUAUCUCAGGAACAAUGGGUACCGGAUAUGAAAAGGAGAGACUGAACAAGCUUCUUCAGCUGGAGCAAAGGAAGUACAAUGACAUUCUCCAGUGGGAUUUCAAAGACACGUUUUCCAACCUCACGUUAAAGCAGAUACUGUUUUUGGAGUGGUUCGAGAAAAACUGCCCAAACACCCAGUUUCUAUUUAAUGGUGAUGAUGAUGUCUUUGCCAACACAGACAACAUGGUAGUGUAUCUCCAACACUUUAAACGUAAUGGUGGAAGGAGGCACCUUUUUGCUGGCAAUGUCAUGCCCUAUAUGGAUCCCAUUCGCCAUCCACAGAGUAGAUAUUUUGUUCCAGAAGAGCUCUAUAGGCCAAAUAUAUAUCCUGAUUACUGUAGUGGUGGUGGCUACCUUCUGUCUGGCUACACAGCUUUAAUCAUAUACAACAUGUCACACUCCAUCCCCCUUAUUCCUAUUGACGAUGCUUACAUGGGGAUGUGCUUAGCUGAGGCAGGGCUACGUCCAGAGCAUCAUAUUGGGGUGAGACCAUUUGGACUAAAUGUUAAAGGAAAAAAUGUUGAUGAGCUUAACCCUUGCUUCUAUAAAGAAAUGCUUGUUGUUCACAGCAUGCUUUCAGGCAACAUGUAUACCAUGUGGCACAGAAUUCAAGAUCCUGAUCUUAAGUGCGCCCCCUCCAAUCCCAAAAUGUAA